AGCAUUACUAUAACACUGGUUGAGAAAGUGCAGAUGGUUGCUGUAAUCCUAGGAUCUCUGUUCUUAGUAGCAAGUGUGACUUGGCUUCUAUGGUCAGCCUUCAGCCCUUAUGCAGUAUGGCAAAGAAAGGACAUCCUUUUUCAAAUCUGCUAUGGAAUGUAUGGUUUUAUGGAUCUAGUAUGCAUAGGACUGAUCGUACAUGAAGGUGCAUCUGUUUAUCGAGUGUUUAAGCGCUGGAGAGCUGUGAAUCUACACUGGGAUGUGUUAAAUUAUGACAAAGCCACAGACAUAGAAGAGAGCAAUCGAGGAGAGUCCUCAUCAGGAAGGACAUUGUGGUUACCACUGACUGCAUUUAGAAACAGAAGUUUAGUUCACCCUACACAGUUGACCUCACCAAGAUUUCGGUGUGGCUAUGUGUUGUUACAUCUGUUCAACCGCAUGAGACCUCAGGAAGAUUCAGCAGAGGAUAACGGCUCUGGGGAAGUAGUGAUGAGAGUGACCUCAGUGUAA